AUGCAAACAACAUCUGUUCUGAUUACUUUGGGACUUGUCUCAUUGGCAAUCGUUGGCCUUUAUCAAAGCUCUGACGAUCAACUUGAAGCCCAGUUUACUAGCUUCCUGAUUCAAUUUGAUAAGAGCUACCAAACUGAAGAAGAAUAUAACUAUAGAAGAUCUAUUUUUAACAAGAAUUUGGAGACCAUCAAUGCUCAUAAUGCCAAAGGACUCUCUUGGACUCUUGGAACUGAUGAAGAGUACAAAGCAAUUCUUGGAUACAGAAGGAGCCACAACCUCCAGAGCUCUAACCUCAGAACUAUUAAGUCCAAGGGUGUAAAAGAUCUUCAGAGUAUUGACCAUGUUUCUAAUGGAUAUGUCAACCCAAUCAAGGAUCAAGGAGCUUGUGGAUCAUGCUGGGCUUUCGCUGCAGUUGCUUCUGUUGAAGGUGCUUACGCUAAGGAACAUGGAGAACUCAAGAGAUUCUCAGAAGCUCACUUGAACACUUGUGAUAAGUUCUCAGGGGGAUGUCAUGGAGGAUGGGCCAUCAAUGGUAUCCUUUUCUUCACCCAAAGAGGACCAAUUCUUGAGAAAGAUUAUCCAUAUACUUAUUUCAAGUCUGAAUGUAGAGAAGAAGAAUUCGAAAUUGAUCAUCCAACUGUUCCAUAUGCUUACAGAGUUGAAGAUGAUGAAGACUCUCUAUAUGAAGCUUUGACUCAUAACGUUGUUGCUGUUGCAAUCAGGGCUGAAAAUCCUGAAUUCAGAAGCUACAGAGGUGGAGUCAUUGAUGGUGAAGCCUGCGGAACUGAAAUGGACCAUGCUGUCACUCUUGUCGGAUAUGAAAAAGAAACCGAUAGUUGGAUUGUCAAGAACUCUUGGGGAGAACACUGGGGAGAGAACGGAUUCGUAAGAAUUAAGAGAAGAUCAGGAAAGGGAGUCUGCGGUAUUAACCAAGACACUGCACAGGCUGUUUUCAGACCAGAAGAUUAUUAA